AAUGAAACCAAGUUAAGAAGAACGCAUAAGUGGUAAAAAAACUGAACCUAUUAGUAGUUAUUUCUAAAUAGUACCUAGUUAAAAAUAAUAGGAAUAUUUUUAUCUACGCUUAUGUCGUGGGAAAUCAUAAUUGCAUACCAUGUUUAUAAUUAUUUUUUGUGAUAUAAAAUAAUAAUACUAAAUAUUUUUAAAUAUUAAAGUAAUUUUAAUAAGGCAAAAUAAACCUAACAAUGUCAUCAAAACCAGGUUUUCCAUCAUGUACCUCAAUAUUGUAUGCAAUGACAAUGUCUGGGACUGCCUUAAACUACAUGUUGCGUGUAAACCUAUCAAUAGCAAUCGUGGACAUGACCAAACCAUCAAACACAACUGUGAACGCUACAGACAAUGUAACGAGAUUUGAUUGGACUAAUUUAGAAAAAAACGAACUUCUCGCCAUUUAUUUAUGGGGUUACGUUGUUUCAGUAUCAUUUGGAGGAAGGUUAGCUGACAAAUAUGGCGGCCGUAUUUUAAUCGGUAGUGGAAUGUUAGUUUCUAGUGUACUAACAUUAUUCUUUCCUGUAGUGUGUAAAGUACAUUUGUAUUUUGCUAUUGCAAUAAGAUUUUUGCUUGGCGUUACGCUUGGUACGUAUUUUCCUGCUAUUUUACCCAUGGGCGUUAAGUGGAUUCCACCUUUGGACAGAUCGAAGUUUGCCUCCAACUUGGCAGCACAAGGUUUUGGAGUGGCAGUCACGUUACCUUUAUGUGGAUAUUUGAUACACUAUUUGGGCUGGGAAAGCGUUUUUUACGUCACAGGUAGCAUAUGCUUGUUGUGGUGUGUAAUUUGGUUUUCUACUGUGUACGAUUCGCCGGGGAGUCAUCCAAGAAUAUCAGCGGAAGAAAAGAAUUACAUUGAAACCAAGAUAAAGGAAGAUCAGAAAAGUUCCGGUGAAAAUCCUGCCAAUUUACCAUGGAAAAAACUAUACACUUCACUACCUGUAUGGGCUGUAUUUUUAGCACAAAUGGGUAAUGGUUUUUACCACUUUACCUACACCAUGCAACUACCAACUUAUAUAAACGAUGUGUUACAUUUCAAUAUAUCGAGUAACGGAGUUUUAUCCUGCCUUCCUUUCGUAGGUUACUAUUUUUCCUCGCUACUAGGUUCUUACGUUGCAGAUGAAAUGUUAAAAAGCAAAAAAUUAGCCACCUUUACAGUGAGAAGGAUUAUGAUAACAAUUUCGUUUUUUAUCCCUUCAAUCAUGAUGUUGGUGUUGGCUUUUUACAAAAUGCAUUACAUUGCCGCAGUAACACUAUUAAUUUUAAUACAUUUAUCUAAAGGCAUUUCAAUAUGUGGUUACGUAGCUAAUGCAAUGGACAUCGCUCCAAACUACUCUGGAACAAUUUUUGGUUCAGCUUUAGUUUUAGGUUCUUUAAGCGGUUGGGUUGGCAACAAAGUGGUGGGCUAUCUGACAAAAAAACACAGCGAUUUUGAAAGUUGGAAGACUGUUUUCAUUAUUAUUUCAUUAGUAAGCGCCGCUGGUGGUUUGUUUUUUAUUAUUUUUGGUUCUGGAGAGGUACAAGAAUGGAACCAAGUAAAGAAGAAAGUGGAAGAAAAUAAAGAAACGGAACCCCUUAAUGUGUAGUUACCAUGUAAAUAGUACCUAAUUAAAAAUGAUAGAAUACAUUUUGUUAUUAUCUACACUAAUGGCGAGGUCAUCUAUCAUGCAUCACCAUACUUUAUAUAAUGUCAAUCACAGGAUGCAUGGUGAAUUUUAUGCUGCGAGCAAAUAUAACUAUAGCUCUUGUGCAUAUGAUAAAAUCAAGUGAUUUUGUUGAUUGGGGUUCCCUUGAAAAAAAUCAACUGUUGUCUAUAUUUUUGUGGGGGUAUGCGCCCUCGGGGUUCAUAGGAGGACGAAUGUCAGAAAAGUACGGAACAAGAUUUGUUUUUGGCAAUGGAAUUCUUAUGGCGAGCAUUGUAACAAUAUUUUUUCCACUUUUUUGCAAAAUGCAUUUUUACAUGGCCCUUAUAAGUCGUUUACUUAUGGGGUUAUGUCUUGGUGCCACCUCACCAGGGAUGUUAACCAUAGCAGUAAACUGGAUACCUCCAUUGGAUAGGUCCAAAUUUGCGUCAAAUAUGGCAGCAGGGGAUUUGGGUAUGGCAAUCACAUUGCCGCUAUGCGGGUAUCUUAUAACUUACCUAGGCUGGAAAAGUGAUUUUUACGUCACCGGAAGCAUAGGUAUAUUAUGGAGCGUCAUAUGGUUCUUUACUAUAUACGAUUCCCCAGAUACACACCCUAGAAUAUCCAUUGAAGAAAAAAAUAAAUUUAAGAAAGCCAUGCAGUUGGAAAAGGCUAAUAUAGGAAGGAAACCCACAAAAGUGCCUUGGAAAAGUAUUUUCACGUCAAUGCCAUUUUGGAGUAUAAUAGCAGCACAAAGCGGAAGCACAAUUUAUCAAUUCAUAUACAUAAAUCAACUUCCGACCUAUAUGAAUGACGUUCUCAAUUUUUCUAUAGCAAGUAAUGGUGUUUUUUCUUGUCCACCUUUUAUAGGAUCCUACAUUAUGGCAUGCAUAGGAUGUUAUUUAGCAGACAAGCUACGAAAAAACUUGAUAUCGACCAAAAAUAUACGCAGAUUAUUCAUCGUUAUAUCAUUUUAUAUACCAACAAUCCUGCUGUUGGUUGUAGCCUUCUGUAGAUUCGAUCCUUUAGUAGUUGUAGGUCUUCUGACUUUAAUUCAUUCUUUAAGAGGUUGCGCAACAGCAUCCUAUGUAUCAAAUAUAAUGGACAUAGCUCCAAACUACUCUGGCACAAUUUUAGGAAUUGUUUUGGUGGUUGGUUCAUUCAGCGGUUGGCUUGGUACUCAAAUGGAGGUUCAAUUUUUAUGAUUUUCUUGUCUGGAGAUGUGCAAAAGUGGAACCACGUGGAAAAUGUAAAUGAACGAGAAAGGAUGCCAUUAAAGAUAUAAAUUAAGUGUUUCUUAAUUUUAAAUUUACUAUAAUUAUAAUUUAAUAAAAAAUUAAGGUGUGACAGUUUAAAUAAAAAUCAUAAUUAGGAAGAAAGAGAACGUCCGUUUUUAUUAUAAUUUUACUGGGAUUCGUACCCGGUGGUUUAUUUUUUUUUAAUAUUUGGUUCCGGAGAGUUACAAGUGAAAAAUUUAAAAGAAGAACCUAAACCGCAAAACGUGAAGUGUUUAUUGGUAUGUAGCACCCAAUUAAAUAAGUCAAGGACUUUUUUGUUAUCAAUUUGACUGUAAUUGGUGUUUAAAAAAACUCAUUAAGUAACAAGCAAAUAUAUAUAGAAUGCAGAUUAUGAAUAAACUAAUAGAAAUAUAUUUUUAUAUUGUUUAUGUUAUAACAAAUGACAUCGAAAAAGUUAGGUUUUUUAUCAUGCAUCAACAUUCUUUAUACAAUGUCAAUCACAGGAUUUAUGGUGAAUUUCAUGUUACGCAUCAAUAUAUCUAUAGCUCUUGUGGACAUGAUAAAAUCAGGUGAAUUUGUUGACUGGGGUGCUUUUGAAAAAAACCAACUGUUGGCUAUAUUUUUGUGUGGGUAUGCACCCUCGGGAUUCAUAGGAGGACGACUGGCAGAAAAGUACGGAACACGACUUGUUUUUGGCAAUGGCAUUCUUAUGGCGAGUAUUUUAACAAUACUGUUUCCACUAGCUUGCAAGAUGCAUUUUUAUAUGGCCCUUAUAAGUCGUUUACUUAUGGGUGUAUGUCUUGGUGGCUCCUUACCAGGGAUAUUAACCAUAGCAGUAAACUGGAUACCUCCAUUGGAUAGGUCCAAAUUUACGUCAAAUAUGGCAGCGGGGGGUUUGGGUAUGGCAAUCACAUUGCCACUAUGCGGGUAUCUUAUAACUUACCUAGGCUGGAAAAGUGAUUUUUACGUCACCGGAAGCAUAGGUAUAUUAUGGAGCGUCAUAUGGUUCUUGACUAUAUACGAUUCCCCAGACACACACCCUAGAAUAUCCAAGGAAGAAAAAACUAAAAUUAAACAUGCCAUGCAGUUGGAAAAUGCUAAUAUAGGAAGAAAACCCUCAAAAGUGCCUUGGAAAAGUAUUUUCACGUCAAUGUCAUUUUGGAGUAUAAUAGCAGCCCAAACCGGAAACACGUUUUAUCAAUUCAUAUUCAUAAAUCAACUUCCGACCUAUAUGAAUGACGUUCUUAAUUUUUCUAUAGCAAGUAAUGGUAUUUUUUCUUGUCCACCAUUUAUAGGAUCCUACACUAUGGCAUGCAUAGGAUGUUAUAUAGCAGACAAGCUACGAAAAAACUUGAUAUCGACUAAAAAUAUACGCAGAAUAUUCAUCGUUAUAGCAUUUUAUAUACCAACAAUCCUGCUGUUGGUUGUAGCCUUCUGUAGAUUCGAUCCUUUAGUAGUUGUAGGUCUUCUGACUUUAAGUCAUUCUAUAAGAGGUUGCUCAAACGCAUCCUAUGUAUCAAAUAUAAUGGACAUAGCUCCAAACUACUCUGGCACAAUUUUUGGAAUUGUUUUGCUGGUUGGGUCAUUCAACGGUUGGCUUGGUAAUCAAAUGGUGGGUCUUUUAACCAAGAAAGCCAGCAAUUUUGAAAGUUGGCAGACUAUUUUUGUCAUUAUUUCUGCAGUUAAUUUUGCAGGAGGUUCAAUUUUUAUGAUUUUCUUGUCUGGAGAUGUGCAAAAGUGGAACCACGUGGAAAAUGUAAAUGAACGAGAAAUGAUGCCAUUAAAGAUAUAAAUUAAGUGUUUUCUAAUUUUAAAUUUACUAUAAUUAUAAUUUAAUAAAAAAUUAAAUAAGGAUAAAAACCACCAAAAAAUGAGUAAAAAAAUCCUAUCAAUACAAAACUUAGGGAAUGAAUUUGGAUAUUUUUUUUUGGUUUUGCCCAUGUAUACAUAUAAGAAAAAAUUACAUUUGGGUUUUUUGAGUAAUCCCAUAAAAUUUCAGGUCACAGAAAUAAGUUAUUGAGGUUCAUGUAAUAAAACAAAUAAAAAUCGAAAAAAUUCUUAAAUGUUUUUUUUAACUUUUUCUAUAACAAAAAGUUACAUUUGCUUACACAACAAUUCAUUAAAAUUUUCUUAAGGAACUUAUUUUGAAUAUAAAUAAAAUAGUCCGAUUUCUAUGGGUAUUAUUGUAAUUCAUUAGGUUGCAGCUUUUUCGCUAUGUUGGAUUAAGGGUGAAUUCGCGAAUAACAGACGCGGCUGUUAUUCGAAUACGCGUAUUUUUAAGUUUACCGAAAAAAAAGCCGAUACUAUGUUUACU